UGGAUGCUUAGGAGACACUGAGCUCCUCUCACCUCUCCGAAAUGCGUGAGUCUCACGCUCAAUGUAUGAGACUUGAAAGCCCUGCAUCCACUAGGGUGGGGAUUGAACCGCCAACCCCCUGAUUGAAAGACAGACCUGCUACACACUGACCCAUAGCUGCAUAGACGAGUAUUAUCGGCUUCAUAUUAAAGUAUCAGUAGUAAAAGUACACAAGUAUUAUUGGUAGUAUUUUACUUUUACUUUGAAGUAGUACUUCGAUAGUAUUUAAUUUUACUUUGAAGAAAAUUUUUAACAAAAGAAACCCGGAGUUUAAGUUUGAAAGAGAGGAACUUCCUGUAAGCUUCAGCUUGUGGUUCCUGGAAACUGCGCGGAGUGAGCCCUCCUCCCCGCGGCCCCGCCCCGCGCAGUGCGCUCAGGUGGUUGCACAGCACGGAGGAAAGCGACGGGUCAGUCCGCCAUACAGGCCUCUCUCUCGGGUCAGCGCGGCGCGACGCCUCGGCACUACGCACGGAGCAGCGCAUCUCUGCCGGGUGUUCCGGACUCUGUGGCCCAGGUGUUCCGGACUCUGUGGCCCAGGUGUUCCGGACUCUGUGGCCCAGGUGUUCCGGACUCUGUGGCCCAGGUGUGGCCGCUCUACCUGCGGGUUCUCUUGAGGGGCCAACAUGCCGGAGCUCAUCAGCGUGACGGAGUUCAUCCAGGAGACCAAUGAGGACUUCAAAGCGCCGACGACCUCCAGCUUCACGACCCGGAUGUCCCACUGCAGGAGCACCGUGGCGGCUCUGGAGGAGGCUCUGGACCUGGACCGAUCCGUUCUAUACAAGAUCAAGAAGUCUGUGAAGUCCAUCAACUCGUCUGGUCUGGCUCAUGUGGACUACGAGGACCAGUACGUCCAGUCCCUGGAGAGGUUCGGGGACAGCUGCGUCAGCAGGGAGGACGUGGAGGUGGGCGGGGCCUUCCUCAAGUUCUCCGUGUUCACCAAAGAGCUGACGGCUCUCUUCAAGAACCUGCUGCAGAACAUGAACAACAUCAUCACCUUCCCUCUGGACAGCCUGCUGAAGGGAGACCUGAAGGGGGUCAAGGGGGAUCUGAAGAAGCCGUUCGACAAAUCCUGGAAGGACUAUGAGACCAAACUGGCGAAGCUGGAGAAGGAGAAGCGGGAGCACGCCAAGCAGCACGGCAUGAUCCGCACCGAGUUCAGCGGAGGAGAGAUCGCCGAGGAGAUGGAGAAGGAGCGGCAGCUGUUCCAGCUGCAGACCUGUGAGUACCUCCUGAAGGUCAACGAGAUCAAGGUCAAGAAGGGCAUCGACUUCCUCCAGAACCUCGUCAAGUAUUUCCACGCGCAGUGCAAUUUCUUCCAGGACGGCCUGAAGGCCGUGGAGAGUCUGAAGCCGUCUGUGGAGAAGCUGAUGACGGAGAUGACGACGAUCAAGCAGACGCAGGACGGGGAGAGGAAGCAGCUGACUCAGCUCCGAGACGUGCUGAAGGCGUCGCUGCAGUCCGAGCAGAAGGAGGACACUCAGGCCAAGCAGAGCGCCGGCUACAGCCUCCACCAGCUGCAGGGCAACAAGGCCCACGGCACCGAGUGCGCCGGGGUCCUCUACAAGAGGAGCGAGGGGCUGAGGAAGGUCUGGCAGAAGAGGAAGUGCUCGGUGAGAAACGGUUUCCUGACCAUCUGCCACGGCACGGCCAACGCUCCGCCGGCUAAGCUCAACCUGCUCACCUGUCAGGUGAAGAGGAACCCGGAGGAGAAGAAGAGCUUCGACCUGUUCUCACACAACAGGACCUAUCACUUCCAGGCCGAGGACGAAGCAGAGUGUCAGGUCUGGGUGUCGGUGCUCCAGAACAGCCGGGAGGAGGCCCUCACCGAGGCCUUCCAGGGCGUUCAGAACGAGGGAGAGAACAACAUUGUGCAGGAGCUCACGAGGGCCAUCGUGGAGGAGGUGAAGAGGAUGAGCGGCAACCACGGCUGCUGCGACUGCGGGGCGCCCGGUCCCACCUGGCUGUCCACCAACCUCGGGGUGCUCAUCUGUAUCGAGUGCUCUGGGAUCCACCGGGAGAUGGGGGUCCACUACUCCAGGAUCCAGAGCCUGGACCUGGACGUGCUGGGCACCUCCGAGUUGCUGUUGGCCAAGAACGUGGGAAACGCCAGCUUCAACGACAUUAUGGAGGCAGAUCUGUCGGUCACCAAACCCGAUCCCACCAGUGACAUGCAAACCAGGAAGGACUUCAUCACGGCCAAGUAUACCGAGAAGCGCUUCGUCCGGCGGCUCUGUGCCGACGCGGAGUCCAGACUGCAGGUUCUGUACGAGGCCGUCAGGACCAGAGACAUCCUGUCCCUGGUGCAGGUCCACGCUGAGGGGGUGGACCUGCAGGAGUCCAUCCCACAGCCAAACCAACACGAAGCUGGAGAGACGGUGCUCCACCUGGCGGUCCGGAUGGUCGACAGGAACUCCCUCCACAUCGUGGACUUCCUCGCCCAGAACAGUGUGAACCUGGACCAGCAGACGGCCGGUGGCAGCACCGCGCUGCACUACUGCUGCCUGACGGACCGCAGCGAGUGUCUGAAGCUGCUGCUGAGAGGGAAGGCCUCCGUGACCACAACCAACGCCGCCGGCGAGACGGCACUGGACAUCGCCAAGCGGCUGGGCCACGCCCAGUGUGAGGAGCAGCUGACUCAGGCGCAGACCGGGAAGUUCAACCUGCACGUCCACGUGGAGUACGAGUGGCGCCUGCAGCACGCCGACAUGGACGAGAGCGAGGACGAGAUGGAGGACAAGCCAAUCCCCAACCGGCGGGAGGAGCGUCCGGUCAGCUGCUUCGUGCCGGGCAGCGGCGCCAUGCAGCCCAACAUGGCGGCGCUGGCCCGGGACGCCGCCAUGUUGGCGAGGGACAAGAAGCCUCAGAUGAUCAGCAACGAGACCUACGGGGCCACGCUGGAGCCGCAGGGGCCCACGCUGCCGCCCAGGGGGCCAAUCAGAGGUGCCGGACCCGGUAAACAUGUUGCCAUGGAAACCCUCGCGAGACAGCGGUCGUCCUCCGACCCCCCGAACCCUCAGACCCCCGACAGGAACUCCUCCGUGUACGUGCUCCCAGUAGCUCCUCCUCCAGUGAGCAAGAGAUCCAGCAUGUUGGAGACCAAGACCCAGUCUGCCAGGAACACCCCCCUGCCCCCUCUGCCCCCCCCACCAGGACUCCCCCAGGUUCCCCAAGUCCCACCGCCACCCCACUACAAAGCUCCGCCCCUCCCACCACCAGUCCCCCUUCACCAGACCAUCAGACCACUGGGACCACCAGGACCACCGGGACCCAAGUCCCCUAAAUCACCCACCGGACCAGUGAAACGGCCUCCACAGAGACCUCCUCUCAGGACCGCCUCCAUGGACCAACGAGGGGCUCACACACACGGCGCCGGCCCCCCGACACCCAAACCCAGGAGCACCUUCUCCAAGCAGAAGCCCAAGCGGGUGAAGACCAUCUAUAACUGCUCCGCUGACCAUCCAGACGAGUUGACCUUCUCUGAGGGGGAAGUGCUGGUGGUGGAGGGGGAGGAGGACAGCGAGUGGUGGGUGGGUCACGUUGAAGGAGACCCGACGAGGAGAGGAGCGUUUCCUGUCACCUUCGUUCACUUCAUCACAGAGUGAAGCCCCGCCUCCACGCUGCUCACCUGGACAGACCCCGCCCCUCAGAGACCCGCCCCUCACCUGAGCCGGACCUCCAAGUUCUGCCCAUGUUCAAACUCACAGAACUUUAUUGUAAAUCCAGUCUGUAGUCCAACAGGAAGUCCUCAAGAGUCUAUGGUCCAACAGGAAGUCCUCAAGAGUCUGUAGUCCAACAGGAAGUCCUCAAGAGUCUAUAGUCCAACAGGAAGUCCUCCUGAGUCUGUAGUCCAACAGGAAGUCCUCCUGAGUCUGUAGUCCAACAGGAAGUCCUCCUGAGUCUGUAGUCCAACAGGAAGUCCUCCUGAGUCUGUAGUCCAACAGGAAGUCCUCAAGAGUCUGUAGUCCAACAGGAAGUCCUCCUGAGUCUGUAGUCCAACAGGAAGUCCUCCUGAGUCUGUAGUCCAACAGGAAGUCCUCAAGAGUCUGUAGUCCAACAGGAAGUCCUCCUGAGUCUGUAGUCCAACAGGAAGUCCUCCUGAGUCUGUAGUCCAACAGGAAGUCCUCCUGAGUCUGUAGUCCAACAGGAAGUCCUCAAGAGUCUGUAGUCCAACAGGAAGUCCUCCUGAGUCUGUAGUCCCACCUCUGAUGAUGUAACUUCCUGUCUGGUCUGAGGCUCCUCCUCUGAUGAUGUAACUUCCUGUCUGGUCUGAGGCUCCUCCUCUGAUGAUGUAACUUCCUGUCUGGUCUGAGGCUCCUCCUCUGAUGAUGUAACUUCCUGUCUGGUUCGAGCCUCCUUCCUGCAGCGUUCUGGAGUUUUCUCCUCAUGUAACCAACCAGCGAAGGGUUCAGCCAAUCAGAAGCCAGGUAGGGCGGGUCUUAGUAAAGCAGCGUUUCAGAAGCUCGGAGCCCAAAUCCUCUUCUUCGCGUUUGUUUCUGGUAUAUUUAGUGAUAUUUUAAUGCCGGCUGAGGGGAACUUUAAUAUCAACUUCCUAUUUGAUGUUAUCAUCUUUGUUCUUAUGUCAUUAAAAACAUAUUAAAUACUGCUUUACACAC